CAAAAACAGACGAUUCGCAAGCUCAAACAAUCAUGGAGGGUCUGGAGUCAUUCCAGCACCAAACCUGCCUGAAGUUCAAGCCUGUACUAGCGCCCCCUGAGGGCAGGGACCAUGUGCUCGUAAUACAGAACCCGGAGGGGCUGAGGCAAUGCGUGGUGGGGGGUAAAGGGCAUUUGAAGGACGGACCGCAUUUCCUAAACCUCCCCUACGCCUGCUUGGAGUCUCCAUAUCUCGAGAUGAUGAUCAUGAAGAGCCUCGGCUUCAGCUUCGAGCACAACCGAAAACUCAGGGAUCUCUACAUCCAGGUCCAUUUGGAGAAUGUGGAGCCAGGUAUGGAGGAGCUAUUCACUAAAGACGUGAGCCUCCCGCCGGAGCUCCGAGAACUCCCGUACGACGUGAACAGCGUCAUGCACUUCGACCUGAGAGAGUUCAGCAAGAACGGGCAUAGGACCAUCACCAUCAAGGAUCACGACACUACGCAAGAACGUGAUGGCCUCUCUAAUAUUGACCUGAAAAAAAUCAACAAAGUGUACAGAGAGGAGUGCGAUGCGAGAGAUCGAACGGAGAAAAUAGAGAUAUGCCAGCGUUACCCAGGAGUAGCCAGACGAAAACGAGAAUUGACAGACAAACCAUUCGACAUCCUCGAUCACAUGAGUAUAAAAACAUUGGCACCAAAACCUGAGCAAAAACCACAGCCAGUGAAACCAAAAAUUGAGGCAAUAAAAAACGUUGAACAGUUGAGAAUGGACCAGGAUAUCAUGAAUAUAAAAGAGUUGGCUUAUAAAGUCGUGACGAUGGUUUUGACGGGCAUAAGGAGGAAGCAGUGUGAUGAUGACACUACGGACAUGUCUGAUCCUAGUCGUGAUGUAUUGGGUAUAGAAGAAGCAAUUGUAAACCACGCAAACUUCAUGAUAGAUCUUGCUCAACAAUCUGGACAAGCUUUUUGUGACUCUGUAAAUACGGUCGAUGCGUUUGUCAAUUUUGUACGCUCACAUCCACAAUUUGGAAAUAUUAGAAGUAAAAGGCAAACAAACGAUGGAAUACAGAAACCUGGUAGUAAAUAUACUGCUAAAGUUAACAAUGACCGUGUUUUAUCUAAUGAUUCUGUUACAUCAGCUCCUAUUGAUAACGUAAAAACAAUAAAUUUAAAAGCGUCAAAAAUCACAAAAGACAUUCUUCAUCAAGCAACAGAAGACACAGCAACGAGCAAUGUCUCUGAAAAAGUGUCAGUUCCCACAAAAAUAGGUGAUUUCAUAUCGGGUCUGCAGUCAAAUGGAACAGCAGGAGAAGGGAAUAUUAAAAAAAUAUUAAGAGAUGGUGAUGAUGAAGACAGCAAUACUGAAGAUGAAGGCAUUGACCACCACGGUAAAGUGAGGGCAGUUCCGAAACUGACAAAAGAAAACGAAGACUUCUACUCGCAAAGGAAAUGGCCAGAUGGCGUGGUCAGAUAUGUUAUAAAAGAUAAUCCCAAGUAUAACACUCAAGACUUGCGCAAAAGAAUAAACGAGGUGAACGCCAUCUUGAAGACCAGAACGUGUAUAUACUUCGAGGAGAUCACGAGCAAGGCUGCGGAGGAGAGAUGGCUAGAUUACAUAGUGCUGGACAGCGAGGCUGACGACUACAUCACGGGAAGAACUGGGGGGACUCAGAUUUUUGGAUGUAAGGAGUUGUUUGAAGGAAACCACCAUAAGCAGCUCACCGCUAUGAUGAUGAUGACGAUCCUAGGGUUCUACUUCGAGGUCUGCCGGCCCGACAGAGACCAGUAUAUCAGAGUUCACACACGGCAUAUUAGGGCUGAUAAACUCCAUCACUUCGAGAAGCUAGGCCCGGAGGCUUUGAUCUCUCUUCCCUACGACUACGCCAGCGCUACUCACCCGCCCCACAAGUUCUGGAGAACUAAGAAGGGUUUGGCCACUGUCGCCACGUUCAAGAAAAAUGAUCCCAAUGGCGCGAAAAUGCGAAGGAUCGGUGAAAAUGCUCGACUUCUAUCCGACAUAGACAUCGCCAAAAUUAACGCUCUGUACGGAACUUCUUGCUUCACGAAAAGAGAAAAAAAGAAAAAAUAAGAUUAGGUACCCAGAAUAAGGAAUUGUCAAAUAAUAUAUUAAAAUAAAACCUAGAAA